AUGAACCUUUCGUCAUAUCUACAAGUACCUAGCAUCCGUCUGGUCAGCCCCUCUGCACGGCUGGAAGGUGAUCAGAAACCGGAGGUGUUUGACUAUCGUUACCUUCGAGUGAAGUACUCCGAUUUUGUCCCUAGUGGCACAGUCACCACCCGAGGCAACAGCCUCACAAUGCUAGCUCAUGUCAUCCCAGAAAUACGCGUAAGAUGGUUUUAACACUCUCCUCAUCGUUGGCACUAAACGCUCAGUGUGUCUGUCCUUGGUCUGGUGUCUCUGCCCACCAGAGCGUGUUUAAGAGGAGGUCAACUCCGAGUAUGAUUUAACUUAAUCCACAAAAACACGGGGUUGAUUAUCCGGUCCUCGGCAACCGUUCUCCGUCUCUGAAGAAGUGACUGAGUCCAAAUCUCCAGUUUGCUGUCACCGUUCGUCAUUUAUGGGCAGGUAAAUUCACGACAUACUUGACUCCGGCCAGGGCAGCCGUGACCACUGCCGUACUAGGUUAUCUCAAGCGACGAAGUCCACCACUGCUCCAAAAGAUGGGCGUGGUGGUAGUUUGCGUGUGAAUUUGUUUACAAUGAACACGAAUUGAAACAAAUCUACCCCUUCCCCCGUCCGAUUUUCCGGAUCUCACCGCGUUAGGACCGCAAGAAGAAGUCAACACGUUUGGAAAUGGAUGCUGACGUAAUGGCAGACAGGGCUGCGUAGACAGUCGAUGUGGGGAGCACACGAGUACCCCAACACUCAACACUCAACACUCAUCCCCUGUUCAGAGGGAGGAACGAGUUGUACCGUCGACUAGCGGUCUUGCAGACCACUACUUUUAAUGGGCCAUGACAGCUCCGCGCCUAUCAAACUUCUUAUAUUGGGAGGUGCGUCACCUAUUCAUGGGGAAGCCAAAUUCAAGAGAGGUCUUCAACUCUCACUCCUCCUCCAUAUAACAGCGGCAUGCCCGAUUCAAGCCGACUGGGGAUUAGAUUGCUUGUGGUGCCCUGUAGUCAUCGUGUCGUACAGAGGUCGUACUGACAGUUUGACCCCUGCAAGCAACGACCUCCAGCGCAUGUCUCACGGAACGGUGGAUGCAGAACUGUCGCGGACUUACGUAUGAAUUAUGUUAUAGCGAGAUAGGCUUGCACAGCGCCUAGCGCACUCCCUUUCGCCUCCUUCACCCGCCUUGCUCUGAUAUCGAGAUUGUUGAAGAGAGGCGGGGUGCAGACGACCUGGUUCUCAUGAACUGCUGAAGUUUCCGGGCCUGACAGCCAACGUAUUUAAGCUCAGUGGCCGACGCGGCUGUGCAGCAGUAGAUACGGACUCGCGCGGACACAGCACAACUCGAUAAACGCGCACUGUGAGUCAGUCCAGUGCAACUCAUUGUUGAGACCGUACUGGCAGUUUGGCCAUAAUCGCCGACGAUGUACACCGUAGGCACAACAACGGGGUGGACGCAGGGACGGGGACCUGCGCUGUAUCUACGGCACUCUUUCUUCUCGCACCCUUCUGAGCCUGAUGUCAAGACAGGGCGCAAACGACCAGAGGCAGGGGAGGACGCAGAUGGCCGGUGGGAGCCCGUACCCAGGAGUGCCGCCACAUUCCACCUAUGGCAUUUUUCAUGGUCGUGCAGCCCAAUAACGCGUGCCGGACCCUGAUCUAACUUUCGUGUUAAUCCAGCGCAACCUCCGCUUAACCCGUUGUAGAGCACAAGGAGACCGUACCAGGUCCAAGUAGGCCGGCAUAUGAUCCGUUAACUGUUUUCGGUAGGGGGCGUUCACACUCUUUCACAGCCUGAGUGGAUCGAUGAACAUUGCUCACACUAGGCUAUGAAUCCUCUCAAUGGCGAUGUCAAACUUUCAACUAGGUCUGCCUCUCAAACCCUUACCACUCUGGGAUUUGGUUUUGGCCGGCUGGCGAGGGUGAAUAAAUCAGAAAUCUGCCGUCCCAUUAUUCUCUAUGCAAAUGGCGUCAGCGCCUGUAGCCUGGAGCACCAGAGUUAAUCUGAAUGCCCGUAAAAGUAGAACCGAUCGGGGAACGUAGAGUUCACGUAAUUUUGAACAAGCAGGGCUGGAGCUAGACGCGCAUUAAAUGACAGGUUGGAGUAAUUCCCCCCAUUUUUUGCACCACCCAAACUCGACUUCUCGCUCCGAGAGAGAGGGGAAGGGAAGUGCCCGUAGGGGGCUCUAGUCACUGAACUGUGAUGUAAACACAUUCAAGCUGACACCGACAGGGGGCUGGUGGUGAUGACGGCCUCCCCGGCACUAGCAAUAAAACUGUGGCGACGUCGAAACACGGAGGCAGCACACAGCAGAGGCAUUCCGGAUGGCAUGGAUGCUGUACAGUGAUUGGUUGCCGAGUCUCGUGUGGGUGUACGCCGCGCAGUCUGGCGUCGCAUCUACGUUGUCCCCCCCCCCCCACCCCCCUCCUGUAGUAAACGCUCACAAAACCUUGGGCCUCUCAUCAUCCCUCCUUCAUACGGGUUAAUGCACAGGCGCCCGUACCACCUUCCCCGUACUUCUCACCCCCGCAAAAACCCAACACAACAGAUACGAAGGAGACACACAAAAAAAGUCCCCAAAACAGUCGAAAACCCCCCGAAACGCGGAAAUCACUGGAAUUGGGAAGAACGCCACUGUCUCAACAGACAUGGAGGACCUGAAUCGAUAGCAUUGGGCUAAAAAUUGUUGGAUUUUCUCUUAUAAGGUUUUCGAUCAAGUCGUGAUUUUGUCUGCUACUCAUUACCAUGGCCACUACUGCUACGGCCACCACUACUACUACUACUACUACUACUACUACUACUACUACUACUACUACUACUACUACUACUACAGCUACUACUACUACUACUACUACUACUACUACUACUACUACUACUACUACUACUACUACUACUACUACUACUACUACUACUACUACUACUACUACUACUACUACUACUACUACUACUACUACUACUACUACUACUACUACUACUACUACUACUACUACUACAGCUACUACUACUACUACUAA